AUGGCCGGUGAUGUGGCGCAAUGUAUUGCCCGGGGGUCUUCAUUUCGAUUCCAAGACUUAUACGCAUUAAUGUACCAACGAAAUAUCGGCCGAGUUCAAACCGAUAACAACUUGUACAAUCCCUUAAAACCAAAACAGUUUGAAUUAAACGUUAACUACCGAUCUCACAACGGGAUUCUUCGACUUGCUUCAUCUGUAAUCCAACUUAUCCAGCACUUCUUUCCCGAUUCUAUUGACAAACUGUCACCAGAAUACGGCGAGAUUGACGGUCCCCAACCUCUCGUUUUCGAGGGUUAUCAGGCAAACACUUUGUUCACUACCGACAUUUCUGAUAAAAAUAUGAAAAAAAAGGAUGAGGAUACAUAUAUUGAAUUUGGAGCUAAAAAACGUGUGGUAGGCAAUAUCAGUGAUAUCGGAUUGGUAUUGACCGUGUUCGAGGCAAAAGGUUUGGAGUUUAAUGACGUAUUAUUGUAUGAUUUCUUUUCUGACUCGCCUGCCCGAUCAAAUUGGCGAGUAAUACUCUCAGUUUUGGAUGACUAUUCUGAGGGAAUUCGGACCUUCUCGCAUGAGAAGCAUUAUAUCCUUUCUUCGGAACUAAAGCAUCUUUAUGUCGCAGUAACAAGAGCAAGAGAGCGUCUUUGGAUUUUUGAUGAAGAUCCUGAGUUUAGCGAGCCAAUCAGAAAGUACUGGAAAUGUAAGAAGCUAGUCAAAAAUGAGUAG